AUGCAUCACAAAUCAAAAAACGUAGUGCUUACAAACAAGAGCACCUCCUAUAAGUUCUGGAACAAACUGCCCCAGCCCGUGGAAUUCAAGGUGUACAUUUGGGAAGUGGAGAACCCAGACAGGGUCCUAUUAUACGGCGAAAAGCCUAAAAUGAAAGAAGCCGGCCCGUAUACUUACCUCCUCAACAGAGCAAAGGAAAAUAUUAAAUUCAGCGAAGAUGGAAAUUUCGUUGAGUUUGAGCAGAGAACAUUCUACGAGUUCAGUCCAGAGCUCUCAGGUCCCAAUUUGAGUGAAGAUGAUGAAGUCACGGUGCUUAAUUCGGCUUUAAUGAGAAAUGGAAAAACCGAUGGCCACUUUAAGGUGAUGACAGGCAAGUCAGACGUGAGUAAACUCGGGCAGAUUGUCGAGUGGGAACACAACUCAACCUUGCAAUUUUGGUCUGGGGAUGAGUGCAACACUAUCAGAGGAAGCGACGCCACUAUUUUCCCACCCUUUUUGGACGAAGAGAGCAAAAUUUACGUGUAUUCAACCGAUUUGUGCAGGAGCCUUUACCUGACCUACGACAAGGAAAUCGAACACAAGGGCGUAAAUGGUUACCGCUACGUGGUGGACCCCGUGCAAUUAGGCAACGUGUCUUCCGUGCCGGAAAAUUACUGCUACUGUCCUUCGAAUGGUGCGUGCCUCAAGGAGGGCGUCAAUGAUUUAUCACCUUGUUACAGUAAGAUCUCAAACAUAUUUCUUACAGAAGCACCUGUGAUUUUUUCCAUGCCUCACUUCUAUGGGGCUCCGCAAUACGAACAAUUGGUUGAAAAUCUUAAACCAAACAAAGAAGAGCAUCAGACGUACCUGGAUGUCGAAACAAACUCUGGCGCUGUCCUCCGUGCCGUCCGCCGAGUGCAAUAUAACCUCAUGAUCAAGCCAAUCCGAUGGAUAUCUAUGCCUAAAAAUCUGCCAGGGGCGAUUUUACCCUUGUUCUGGGUGGACGAAUCCUUUGACCUGAAUGAGGAGAACACCGACUUUUGGAAAUAUUUAGUGGUCAACAGUAUCAACCUCGUAGACACCAUCCGCUGGACAUUGCUUGGGGUAGGAUGCAUCCUCUUUUUGAUUGGGACCGCUCUCCACUGCCACAAGCAAACCACCCCCACGAAGCACAAGAAGCAGGCGUCCAUGUGCCCGACCUUCUUUAAUAAAAAAUUAUAUUUUAAUAAGUAAAUAGAUU